AUGCGGAGUAGUCUGCAGCGGCAACAACUUUUGGACAUUGAAGAUUCGGCGACGGAUGACCUUGACAGUGCAGCCUUCAUCAUGGCCCUCACUCGCACUGCGUCGCAGCAGCAGACGCCAGGCACCUCGGUACAGCGCCAGACUCGCAACCUGGACCCAGCAUUACAUCCCUUCGAGCGAGCACGCGAGUAUACCAGAGCUCUGAAUGCGACAAAGAUGGAUCGCAUGUUCGCACAGCCCUUCCUGGCCCAGCUUGGUCGUGGUCACGUCGACGGAGUAUAUACCAUGGCAAAGGACCCGAACUCACUCGAGAGGUUUGCUUCGGGCAGUGGUGACGGUGUGGUCAAGGUCUGGGACUUGACGACGAGAGAAGAGAUCUGGCAGGCACAGGCACACGAGAACAUUGUCAAGGGCAUGUGCUGGACACACGACAAGAAGUUGUUGUCUUGUGGCAGCGAUAGGAGCAUCAAGAUGUACGAUCCCUACAACCAAGCCGCCAAUGCUGCACCGCUGUCGACAUACCUGGGCCCGGCCGCCUUCACCUCCAUCACCAAGCACCGCACCGAACCCGCCGUUGCCGCCUCUUCAUCCGUAAUCAGCAUCUACGAUUUGAACCGACCGAACUCUGCACCGCUGCAGACGCUUCAAUGGCCCAACAGCAUCGACACUAUCACCGCUCUCAAGUUCAACCAGACCGAAACCUCCAUCCUCGCUUCUACAGCCACCGACCGCUCCCUCAUCUUCUACGACAUGCGCACCUCAUCUCCCCUCCACAAAUCCGUCCUCACACUCGCCUCCAACGCUAUUUCCUGGAAUCCCAUGGAAGCCUUUAACCUGGCAGUCGCGAACGAAGACCACAACGUCUACAUCUUCGACAUGCGCAACCUGAAGCGCGCCCUCAACGUCCUCAAAGACCAUGUCGCCGCAGUCAUGGACGUCGAAUUCUCACCCACAGGCGAGGAACUAGUCUCCGCAUCCUACGACCGCAGUGUGCGACUCUGGAAACGCAACGAAGGCCACAGCAGAGACGUCUACCACACAAAACGCAUGCAGCGCGUCUUCUCCGCUGCCUGGACGCCAGACAACAAUUACAUUCUAUCCGGCAGUGACGAUGGCAACAUUCGCUUGUGGCGAGCACGCGCUUCCGAACGUCAAGGAGUCAAGAGUGCCAGACAGCGCCAACAGCUCGAAUACGACAGAGCGCUGGUGGAGAGAUACAAGCACAUGCCCGAAAUCAGGAGGAUCCACCGUCACAGACACUUGCCCAAGCAAGUCAAGAAGGCUUCCGAGAUCAAGGGCGAAGAACUCAAAGCCAUCAAACGCAGAGAAGAGAAUGAGAGAAAACACAGCAGAAAGGGCGAAACAAAGAGAAGGAGCGAGAGAGAAAAAAUGGUCUUGCAGACGGAGCAAUAA